AUGUCAAAUAGAAGAUACUCUACAAUAACUGGUGCAGAAGCAGACUCGCUUCUUCAGUCACGAUUGGCUGAACUCAGAAGAUUACAAGAGAUCGAAUCAUUGACCAACAGAAUGGCCAAACUACUUCAGGCAUUAAACCACCAGAUCACAUUGAUGCAACUAGGAACGAGCUCUGUUGCAGAUGUAACUGCUAACUGGAUACAAAUUGUUAGAGCAGUGAGUUUGGCUGCAAAUUCAAUGAUGGUCUACAACGAAGAAGACUUCAAAAAUGGUUUGCCAACAACCGAAAGACUCGUCCGUUGUGCUUUGAACGAUAUUGGUGCUAUUGUGAGUAACCUCAGCGAAGAACAAGAUGGUGGCAAAAGCGAAACUAGUGAAGAAACUUGA